AUGGUUCGGUUAGCGUCUCUCCUCUUUGCGGCAACAGCCAGCGCAUCUGCUGUGCUGAACCUGAUACCCUCGAACUUUGACGAGAUUGUCUUCCAAUCUGGCAAGCCAGCACUUGUCGAGUUCUUUGCACCUUGGUGUGGCCACUGCAAGAACCUAGCCCCAGUAUACGACGAAUUAGCCGCCUCCUUCGGAUCUCAAUCUUCAAAAGUCUCAAUUGCAAAUGUUGACGCCGAUGCACACAAAGCUUUAGGCAAAAGGUUCGGUGUACAGGGAUUUCCGACAUUGAAAUGGUUCGACGGCAAGCCAGGUUCUGAGCCUGUUGACUACAAUGGUGGGCGGGAUCUGGAAAGUCUACAGAAAUUCGUGACAGAGAAGAGCGGCGUCAAGCCGAAGGGAGCCAAGAAGACGACAAGUCAUGUGCAGAUUUUGGAUGAGAAGAGCUUCAAGGAGCAGGUGGGUAAGGACAAUGAUGUGCUGGUUGCGUUUACCGCGCCGUGGUGUGGACACUGCAAGACACUGAAGCCAACCUGGGAGAAACUCGCAGAAGACUUCGCCGCCGAACCUAACGUAAUUAUUGCGCAGGUCGAUGCCGAGGCUGAGAACAGCAAGUCUCUCGCUCAAGAGCAAGGCAUCAGUGGUUUCCCAACGAUCAAGUUCUUCCCCAAGGGCUCUGCUGAACCAUCUCCGUAUGCUGGUGCCCGUUCCGAGGAGGCCUUUAUCGAAUAUCUUAAUGAGAAGACUGGCGUGAACCGUAUGAUUGGUGGAAAACUCAACACCAAGGCUGGCACGAUCGCGGCUCUGGACUCGAUUCUUGCUAAAUACAUUACCCCCAAUGGCUUCAGUGAUGUUGAGAAGGCAUCGGCAGAGCUCACCAAGGCUGCCAAGGAUGUGUCCGACAAGACGAAGGAGUAUUACCUCAAGGCUUUGGCCAAGCUCACUGGAAACCCAGAGUAUGCCAUGAAGGAACAGACACGCUUGGCAGGUCUUCUCAAGAAGGGUGGCCUUGCGCCGGAGAAGAUCGAUGAUCUGCAGAGGAGGAGUAACAUCCUGGCCAAGUUUUUGGUAAAGGAUGGUGAGUCCGGAGAUGUUAGGGAUGAGUUGUAA